AUGGCUAACGAGUUUUACUAUUCGAGCAAGUAUGAGGACGAUGAAUUCGAAUAUCGACAUGUACACGUGACUAAAGAGGUUGCUAAGUUAGUUCCGCACAAUCGUCUUAUGUCUGAGUCGGAGUGGCGUAGUAUUGGAAUUCAGCAAAGUCCAGGAUGGAUUCAUUACAUGAUUUGGCCAGCGGAGCGUCAUAUAUUACUCUUCCGGCGUCCUAAGACACGUGAUCACCCACCAAUCAAAAUUUGA